CCAGUCUUCUAACCAGCCUACUCUACAAUGUCCAGCAUGUUCCAAGGUGUCAUCCGCUGCCUCCGGAAGCCUAAUGGCCUGAUCAGUAUCGAGAAUGUCUUCCCCGCGAUCAGCGCCGGCGUUUCUUCCGCCGGAACCCAGAAGCCUUCCUUGAUGGCCAAGCCCACCGCUGAAAAUAUCUUGAAGCAGAGCCUUCAGGGUCAAGAGAUUUUCAAUGCGACUCAAUUCAGCGAAGAUGCUCGAAAGGUCAUGAUGGCGAUUCCGGAGGGCAUUGACGCUGUGGACGUCACGAUGGUCAAUGGCGAGAUUACCAAGGUCAAGACGGUCGUCAAGCGCAAGACCUCGACAGACGAGCAAAAGCCGAGCAACAAGACGGAAGAUUCUGUCGGUAAGAAGAUCAACCAGCGCAACAGCAUCGAUAGGACGCAGUAUCCUCCCUUUGGCAUCAAGAAGCCCGUCAAGGAGGAAGCAACGAUCUUCCCUGGUCGCAAGACCGUUGGUCGCUCUUAG